AGGCCUCCAUUUGGUGCGGCCAAGGAGCUCUCGGCAAGUUCUCGUGACUUCUAUUCUCGCGCUGGUUGGAUCGAAGGUUCCAGGCGAAACGAGGGAGGCCGGAGCUGAAGGCACGGUAUUCGCCGAAGGGGUAUAGAGAGAGAAAGAGGGAGAGGGAGAGAUCGUGUUGGAAUGGCGGCGUCGUCGUCGUCGUCGUGGUUGCAAUCCUUUUUCCUCAACCCCCGCCGCAACUGGUUCGCUGCCCAGCACUACAAGGCCCUCACCAAGCGCCUCAAGAAAUACGGAUUGCGUUACGAUGAUCUCUACGAUCCUAUGUACGAUCUGGACAUCAAGGAGGCGCUGGUGCGGCUCCCACGUGAGGUGGUAGACGCGAGGAACCAGCGCCUUAAGCGCGCCCUGGAUCUCUCCAUGAAGCACGAGUACUUGCCCGAGGACUUACAGGCAUUGCAGACACCAUUUAGAAGCUAUCUUAAGGAUAUGUUGGCUUUGGUGAAAAAGGAGAGGGCAGAACGAGAGGCAUUGGGAGCUCUACCUCUCUAUCAGCGAACCAUUCCAUGAGACAUCUUGUGAGGAUGGUCCUUUUUAAAAUUGCAAGAAAUAAAAUAAAAUGCAGUCAGUGAAAUUGGAUGCUGAUUAUGGUUUGUCGUCUGCUUUUUAGGAUGCUUUAUCUUUUAUUUACUUGGUUUGGCAAUCCUCACUGAGAUAUGCACUCUCAAGCAUUUUCAUAUCAGUGAGGCGAACCUGGCUCUUAUGGAAAGACUACCUUAUUAUUGAAGGGUAAUAGAGAAUAACCAGUUGUUAUUAGUUUUGAAUAGAUUUUUUGAAUCACAGGUUGUGGUGAUGUCAUGUUAAUUACCUUUUUAAGAUGGAUCUGCUGAUCACUUGGCA